AGGUAGAUUUUGAUAUAAGUCAGUGGUUUCUUUCUUCACAGUUGGUCCUUCCCUAUUAUCAUCGCUCCUCUCUCUUUCUCUCGUGUGCAGCAGUUGCUACUUGCUCUACAAUGGCGAUGACUACGUGGAUUCUUCUCGUCCCUAUCAUCCUCUCCGCUGCUUUACAGACUAGAGGAAAAGUGACAGAUAAUCCAGCAGAUCAGCUCGUAGAUGUAUUGAACAGUAACAGGACAAACCAUAAACAAGCAGCAUUAUACGAUAAUCCGGGUUUGGCUUGCUUAGCUCUGCAGUACAUUAAAGCGUACGAAGGAAACUGCGACGAAGUAGGAGGGUCUAACGCUAAGAGACCCCAAGAUUCUGCAUUUGCCGAUACUUUUGCACCAAACUGUGGUGUACAGGUCUCGACCCUUUCUCAAAUUACUGGUCGGUUGCUUGGAUGUCAGACCAAAUAUGUUGUUCCUUCUCAAGCUUUCAAUGAUAUUCUGAUGAAGAACAACAAGAGCUUGGAGAUUCUCUAUGAUAAGAACCACACUCAGGUGGGUGCAGCUGUUAGUGGAUCGAACCCCAGUUCUCCCUAUUUCUGGUGCAUUUUAUUCAGCAAUGGACAAACCAACAGCAGCUUUGCUUUGGAAGGUGGUGUGGUGAAGGUCACUAGACCUGGAUGCUUCAGCGGUGCUAAUGAUGUUUGUAGUGGCGCUUAUCGGUUUGGUCGUUUCCUCUGGCCUAUAGGAGUCGUUAUUGCAAUGAUUUUUAGCGUUGGUGUAAUGUAAUUGGAUGUCGAGAAGUGAUCGAUUUCCUGUUGAUAGUUGAGUUUGCACUUUGUACCACGUUCUCUAAUUGGUAACUUGUUUUGUUACCAAUUAUUUUUUUCAUGAUGAUCAUAAUAUGCUACCUUUGUUAUUUGUUUGUAAAA